GUUCCCGUUAUAGAGAGAUUUAAUAGCGACCCGUUGUUCGCCAUGGUUAACAUGGAGGGCUAUGCGACCAUGGUCAAUCUGAAGUACAUGUGGAACAACACUGGCGCGUGUUUAUGUGCAGUACAUUCCCACAUCCGUGCCCGUGGUGUGAGCAGUGGGCGUCGAAGUUCUCAAAUGUAUGCAGAGAACUAACGCUGGAAUAACGCACAGUUGAAGAAAGACCUUUAACCGGUCUGUGAGGGACAACUUUAAUGAUGAAAACACCUUGGAAAGUUGUUUUGACAGUAGGAGUAGGAGUUUUCUUGCUGUCGUCUUGUCCCAGUUUGAGUGCAAGUGAGCAACAGAGGGAUGUGGAUGCUGAUAAAUGCCUCAUCUGGGGACCGGGUCUGAUUGCCCGUGUCGUUCUGCCAGUCCGGUACUUCUUCAUCCAGGCUGUGGACAGUGAUAACCAAAACCUGACAGAUUCAGUCGGGGACAAGGCGUUUAGUGUCAACCUGUACAACUCACAGACAGGCGCAGGCGUGCGAGCAUGGAUACAGGUCCUGGACCGCCAUGACGGGUCAUACAUUGUUCGGUACAGACUGUACGAGUCCACAAAGGACAUGAAGGUCAGCAUAAUGUACAACAGCAAGCACGUGGCCCAAUCUCCAUACAGUCUGAAUGGCAUGGUGUACCAUGAGAAAUGUUAUUGCCCUGCUAAAGAUAUAACCAAGUGGCUCAAGACGAUGAACUGCCCAAAGACCUACAGUCAGAUUGAGGAAGAUUUAUCUCCCUUUACAACUGUUGAUACAGAUGCAGUGGCCAACAGUGCUAUUAAUAGGUUCAACAAGGCUGGAAUGCAUAGUUUGUGUCAGUACAGAAUUAUUGACAACAAGAUUUACAGAAAAACAUAUGGUCAGCAUGUAGGUUUCAAGAUGUUUAUGGAUAACAUCCUUUUGUCUAUUACCAGAAAGGUGACUCUGCCCAACAUGGAAUUUUUCACAAAUCUAGGUGACUGGCCAUUGGAGAAGAGGAAGAUUAGUGAGAGUCCUAUACCUUUGUUUUCCUGGUGUGGCUCAAAUGAUACUAGAGAUAUUGUCAUGCCUACAUACGAUGUGACGGAGUCAACGCUUGAAAUGCUGGGAAGAACCACCCUGGACCUCUUCGCUGUGCAAGCUAACACAGGACCAAAGUGGGAGGAGAAGACACAGAAGGCAUUUUGGCGAGGUCGUGAUAGUAGAGAAGAAAGGCUGCAACUGACAGUCAUGGCCAGGAAACACCCGGACCUUAUAGAUGCUGCUCUCACACACAUGUUCUUCUUUCCCAAAAAUGAAGAAAAAUAUGGAAAACUUGUCAAAUCUGUAUCAUUCUUUGAUUUUUUUAAGUACAAAUACCAGGUCAACAUUGAUGGGACAGUGGCAGCAUAUCGGUUGCCUUAUCUUUUAGCAGGAGACUCACUAGUCUUGAAACAAGAGUCAUCCUACUACGAGUUUUUCUACAGAGAUUUGGUACCAGAUGUACAUUAUGUUCCUUUUAAGCGGGAUCUCAGUAACUUAUUAGACAAGUUGAAAUGGGCCAAGGACCAUGACGAUGAGGCCAAAGAAAUUGCGAAAAACGGCCAGGAGUUUGUCCGCCAGAAUCUCCAACCUUCUAGUAUAUUUUGCUACCAUGUGAUACUGUUCCAGAAGUUUGCCAAGCUUCAGAAGUCUGCACCACAAUCAGCUGAUGGAUUUGAGCUAGUGCCACAGCCAGAUGGCCAUGAUGCUUACUGUGACUGCACCAGGCGCAAGAAAAAGAGGAAAGAAGAGUUAUAAUGACGAUCAAGUACAAAGAUUGGUGAAUGGAGACUUUCUGUCAUUCAGGACUCAGUCAUCUUUAUUUUCAUAUUCAAGAAUUUUAUCCAGGUGACUUUCGAAUGCUGCCAGGUGAUGCUUUCAGUAUUACUUUUACACAUCUUAUAUGCCCAAUUCCUUAAGCUGUUAUGUUUAGAUUCUUGAGUGGCCAUUGAGAGAUUGAGUCCACUGUAGGACAUGUUUUUUAACAUUGCAGCAAGGGUUUCACUCCCAUGUUUUCAUUUUCUUAUGGUUUGUUUAAAAACUUUGUUAUUGAAUGGCAGCAUCUUUUGUCAGCAGACAGAUUUUGGAUGUGACUUCUGCAAACGUUCUGACAUGUGAUUGAGUUUGCAGAGAUAGAUGGUAAUGCUCUUUAUGAAAACAACUGUUUACAUGCAAGAUGAUUUCAUCUUCAUCUAGUAUUGUUUUUUUCUCACUUUCUUACUGUGGUACUUUUCUGUGUGAGAUAUUUUUGGUAUAUAGCGUCAAUCAUUUCUUUACCUGCAAUGUACAUGAACAUGCUAACUUGUUUCGCAUCUUUUGUUUUUGUACUCUUGUCUGUUGUUCUUAAUGGUUGAUGACUCGUGCACAUAUAUGUACAUGUACAUUUGCAGUGCCUUAAUGUCAUCCACUAUACAUCUUUAUGGCAACAUUGUUUUAAUCUGUUACCGAUUUUUGAGAUUUUGAGAUGAAUUUUCAUUUUGGUCAACUAGUAUUUCGUUCCCCCUAGAAACAUGUAUGCUUGUAAGAAAUAUCACGUUUUGUAUGAAUUUGCUGUGUUAUAAAAUUAUCUAGUCAACGUGAAUUAUAUUUCAUAGGCAGUUAUGCAAAACUUACAAAGCAAUUGUUUGUGUGAUAUAUUCACAUCUGGAAUUAGACCUUGUUAAAAUUGUUGUAUAUUUUUGGGAGAGAGAUUUAAGAGAAAAAAACAGUUAAGGCAGGUUUGCUUGUUUACCAAAAUGUAUAACUUACAAUAACACUGUCAAGUGAUAAUGAUGCUUUAAUCUGUUAGUGUUGUUUUUUUCUGCAAAAUCAAUUGAUGAUAUCAUGCUGUGUUUUAGCACCAGUGUAUGUUGUAUGAGCGCAUCUAGGGGAAUUAAAAAUUGGAGAUUUUUAUGUAUACAUGCAUUUACAAUGCUGUUCAUCAAAUGUUCAUGCAAGGUGUUGUUUGAAUAGAAGUUUGUCAUUUUGAAAUUUCAUUACUUGUCUGAAUAUCAUUUUUGUUAGCAAAUGAAAUGGCCAAUGAAAUCAAGGUUGAGGGAACAGCUUUUUGUUGCAAUUUAUUCAAUGCAGUUACUUAGGGUCAAAUCCUGUCAUUCAGAGAUUCUAGCCAGAUAGGCUGCCAUUUUGUCUGAUCAGAAUAUUCAAAGUGCUUUGUUCUUGCUUGUAGUUAACUCUGAAUGUGAUGUGAAAGUCCUACAGCACACACUCCUGUGUUAUGUUGUUAAGUAAUAGUGUUGAUACUGUAGAAGUUCGUAAUUUCUUUGAAGACUUAGAAAAGCCAUAUGCCACCAAAUGAAGCUGUUAAUUAAAGCAGCAGCAGGGAUAGUGAUCAUCAAAGAGAUGGCUUCAUUGUCACCUUAACAUCAUCUUUCUCUUCUGUGUAAUGUACUGCCAAGACAGCCAUCUGCUUGGCCACCACCAGCAGAACCGCCUUUCAUCUUUGUCAUUUUAUUAACAUACACUUUAGAAAGUCAUUACUGGUGGAUUCAAGUUUACAAUUGAAAACUUUUGUUGCAAGUUUCUUCAUUCAAGGUGUCAUUUUUUGACUUCACUUUACAGUUCAAAGCUCUAUUUUAAGUCAAUCAAGGGAGAGAAUUGCAUUUCUUAUUCCCUUUAUAUAAUACAUAAAAAAAAGUACUAACUUUACGUAUAUGUACAUGCACAUCAUGUAACUUUGUGAUACGUGGAAGAUAGGAAAUGAUUAUAUUUCAGUGAUAUUCUACAUCAUCAUUAUAACUGAUGCCGUGAUUAAACAAUGUAUGGUCUUAAAUCAGUUUAUUUGAACAUUUCAGAUUAUAUGGGUGAAAUAUUUCCUAAUGCCUACUUAACCGAGCAAAUUUUAACGAUUUCUCCCUUGUUGUGUAGGGCAGUGUUUUCUACACCUAGUUUCAGACUACAGUAUUACGCAGUGAUGAAUCAGUUGUGAUAUGGCAUUUCCAUUCUACAAUACCGCUGGUUUAACCACAUGUCCAUGCCAGUGUUACAAUAUAUCCUGUCAGUCAUAGCACACACGGCAUUAAGUAAAACAUGGUGAAAUUCUGUAACACAGGUCCUGGGUGCAUUGAGUGGUUGGUUUCGUGUAAAGCUAAUACACAUAGCUUGUAUUGCAAUUUCACCAUGUCUAUAUGUACCAAUUGUAUUUGUAGUGCAAAAGUGCUUUGUUUCCUAUGCAGAUUUGAUCUCGCCUGUAAGCUCUCAGCCGCCACUCAGACUGGAGUACUGGUAAAACAUUGAUCUGAGAAGUGCCAUAGUUGCCUCUAUAUGUACAUGUAUCUAAAUAUUGGUUUCUGAGCAAAAAUUUACUUACAAUAAAAAGAAAACCCAAAAUUUCACCUAAGACCAAGUUGCAAAUCUUGCCACAUUCUGAGAUUUCUGUGGAUCUUAUUAAGGUGUUUCAUUAGAAGGUACGAUGGUAUUCUGCUGAAAACUGUAAGCCGAAAGUACUAAUUUAGGACAUUCACCAUAUUCUUCCUCAGUAUGUAUUAACCAGUGGGUUGAUGAAAACAUUUGGAUUUGAGGAUUGAUAAUCAAUUUGAAAUGAGUCCUUCUUUCUCUUGUCAAAAGCCAUAACUGUGUGCUGGUUCUAGCGUGAUCUUGCCACAGUAUGCCAGAGUAAAGUACUACAAAUGUGGUACUAACCCCAAUUUGACACAUUUGUCUUUUUUUUUCUGUGAAAGUCAGUUGUAGGAAAAGCUGCCUUGCUUCUCCAUGUUCAACAUUAGUCAUAUAUACUGGUUGAUCCAGUCUCUAACGGACAUAUUUAACAUCUAGUACCAAGUUACAUUUAUAUGCGACUUUCAGAUACUCCAACUGUACACCUUCC